GCCAAAAUUACCCAAGUGCCCCUCGCCGUUUAACCAUCUCAUCUCCUCACCUCCCCGACGGCGACUCCCCUCGAGCUCGCCCUCCUCCCCCUCCCCCCCGCCUCGACGCUGUCGCCUGCUCCUCCGCGGCCGGCUGUCCUGAUUCGAUUGGUUUUGCAGGUUUCACACUUCUUACCAUGGACGACAAGAACAAAGUCAAGAAGGAAAUAGAUGGUCCCCUUGGACCCGCUACUCGCAAGGGGGGACUUAAAUUCGCACCAAAAGUACCUCAGAAGAAACCUGCCAAGGUUGUCCCAAAGAAGGAACCAGUUGAGGAGAGCAAGGAGGAAACUGUGGAUAAGGAGUUAUUGAUGAAACUUAAGAUGUCGCAGAACAAGAGUCCCUCUGCAAGAAUUAAGUCCGGGGACAAGCCAAAAAGUGGUACACAGGUUGCAUUUGGACAAGGAAGCUCUUCUUAUGCAAGAUAUUUUCCCAUGCCCAAAAAGGAUUCUUCAGCAGGUGAAGCUUCGAAGUUACCAAAAGAAUAUGCAGAACCAUGGGACUAUACCCAUGAUUAUCCUGUUACUCUCCCACUAAGGAGGCCCUACUCUGGAAAUCCUGAAAUUCUGGAUGAGAAAGAAUUUGGAGAAUCUUCUACCAGCAGGUCUGAAGAUGCUCAAUUAUCUGCAGCAGAAGAGCUUGGAUUAAUGGAUUGGCCGGCGGAAUCACAGUUCCUGUACUUCCAGUUUCCAUCCUCUCUUCCUUUACCGAGGCAGCCACAAUCAGUUGCUAACCCUAAUGUAGUCUCCAAUGAGAGACGUGAGGACAUGAGGCCAUCAUCGCACAUUGGCUCAAGACUCAAAGAGAUUCCUGAAGGCUAUAUGGGGAGAAUACUUGUAUAUAGGAGUGGUAAAGUGAAGAUGAAGAUCGGAGACGCUCUCUUUGAUGUUUCAUCUGGCUCGAAUUGCAUGUUUGUCCAAGAGGUUGCAGCAAUCAACACCAGAGAAAAACAUUGCUGUACGGUGGGGGAGAUCAGCAAGCGUGCUGUUAUUGCCCCAGAUAUUGAUUAUAUGUUGGGUUCUGUUUACAAGGAAUAGUCCAUUGGCUUCUCUGACCGUAUUAUUUGACUCCCAAGAUGGAUAUGGUUUCUUAUUUUGACCCAGGAAAUUUUUUCCCUUCUCUCUAUGACACUGGGUUUAUUUUUUGUGCCUAAUUUGACACUACCAAGUUUCCACAGCAAACACCGUAAUCCGUCAAUGACUAGGAGAAAGGAUCAUUUUGUCUCUAA